AUGAAAGCAGCCCUUUGUUUGGUGCUGGGGCUUGCUGCCCUGGCUUCGGCCGUUCCUAGCGUGGACAUUAUUGAAGACUUUAGAAUUCCUACGGACAUCAAAGAGCGCCAGAUCUUUAUGCUCAAGUUGUUCAACCACAUCUUGGAGCCAGUAUCCUACAAGGAGAUUGUGGACAUCGGCAGAAACUUCAAGAUUGAAGAGAAUAUCGACUUAUUCAUUAAACAAGAUGUAGUGAAAACUUUCAUGAACUAUAUGAAAUUCGGUUUCCUGCCUCGCGGCGAAGUCUUCACCAUUCAUGUUGACAGACAACUUAAGGAAGUCGUUUCGAUGUUCCAUAUGCUGUACUACGCAAAGGACUUUGACACCUUUAUUAGGACUGCGUGCUGGAUGCGUAUGUACAUGAACGAAGGCAUGUUUGUGUAUGCUAUGACUAUUGCGGUGCGUCACCGCGAGGACUGCAAGGGCAUCAUCCUCCCUCCACCUUACGAAAUUUACCCCUACUACUUCGUGAGAUCCGACGUCAUUCAAAAGGCGUACUUACUGAAAAUGAAGAAGGGUAUGCUUGAUGGAAAGUUGAGUCACUUCUACGGAAUUAAGAAGACAGAAAAGGGCGUAUACAUUAUCGAUGAAAACAUUUUCGACAAGAGAGUGUGGUUGAACGAUGAGGACAGGCUGAGAUACUUCACGGAGGAUAUUGAUCUCAACACAUACUAUUACUACUUCCACGUUGACUACCCAUUCUGGAUGAAGGAUGACUUCUUCAAUAGCAAAUACAUGAGCCGCAGAUGGGAAAUGACUAUGUACGUUUACCAGCAAAUUCUGGCCCGGUACUAUCUUGAACGUUUGUCUAACGGUAUGGGAGACAUUACAAUGUUGUCAUGGUACAAACCAAUCAGAAAGGGUUACUGGCCCUGGUUGAUGAUGCACAACGGUAUGUCCUUCCCGAACAGAUACAAUGAUUACCUUAUUAUAAGAGAUCAGAAUAUAGAGUCGAUUAAACUUAUCGAGAACUACGAGAGUAUUAUCAACGAGGCCAUCAUUAAAGGAUUUAUUGAGAUGAACGGCAUUCGUUACGAAUUGAAUAAGCCAGAAGAUAUAGAAAAAUUAGGAAAAAUUAUUUAUGGUGCUGAUGAAAGAACUGACAUCAAUAAAGGACAUAUUGAAGCCUACCGGUACAUGCUAGUCCUAAUGCAGUCAAUUGGACUUCACUCUUGGGCCAGUGACAAAUACUUCGUUGCCCCAACUAUUUUGAACACAUACCAGACAGCACUUCGCGACCCAGUCUUCUAUCAACUGCAAAAGCGCCUUUGCCGCAUGUUCAUCCUCUUCAAGAUGCGUCUUCCUUCUUACACCCACGAAGAUUUGUACUUCCCCGGAGUUAAGAUCGACAACAUUGUCGUCGACAAGUUGGUCACCUACUUUGACGACUACUUCAUGGACAUGACUAAUGCUGUCAUCCUUAAUGACGAUGAAUUUAAGAAGAGCAAAUCAGAUAUGACCUUCCUCGUCCGUAAACGCCGCCUUAACCACGAACCAUUCAAAUUCAGUUUCGACAUCAUGUCUGACAAGACUGUGGACUGUAUGAUAAGAGUGUUCAUUGGGCCCAAGAUGGAUGAGUGGGGUCGUGUCAUGGAUUUGAACAGGAACCGCGUAAACUUUGUAGAGCUUGACUCUUUCUACUACAAACUGAACUCUGGAAAGAACACUAUCAUUAGGAACUCGAUGGAUAUGCACAACAUUAUCCGUGAUAGAAUGAUGACGAGAGACAUCUGGGGUAAAAUAAACACUGUCAACGACUUCAGAGACAUGUUCUUCAAGGACUUCAAGAAUUGGCACACCGGUUUCCCAUCAAGACUGAUCUUACCUAAGGGACGUAUCGGCGGUAUGGACAUGCUACUCUACGUGAUCGUCUCACCGUUGAAAUUGGUUGAAAACAUUGACAUGACCAUGUUUGAAAUGUACCGUAAAGAUAAUUUCAUGGACUUCAGGUCAACUGUCCUUCUGGACAAGAUGCCUCUCGGUUUUCCGUUCGACCGUGAAGUCGAUAUGGGCAAGUUCUUUACACCAAACAUGAAGUUCAUUGAUAUCAGAAUCUUCCACAAGGCUCAAAUGUGCGACAUGAAGACACGUUGGGACAGUUAUGUGCUUAGAAACUACGAUAUGACCAUUAAAUUCCCAGGAGGCUUUGACGAUUACUUCGUAGAUGAUAUCGACGUUCACACGAAUGUUUAA